AGUGGUUUGGGAGAAAUGAAUUCCAGCCAAAUAAGGCGCCGGAGACGUGUAAGAGUUGUGAAAAAGAAUCUUAACCGCUCAGUAACUAGGCACUAUAAUAGGUCAGGCCGUACUGGGCAAGGAGUAGCCAAUUCAUCAUUAGUACAGCAGAGUCUGAAAUCGAAUAACAGAGCACUGGCCAAAGCUUUGGAGCAAGGGCGCAGAGACUUGCAUCAGCUGAGGAACAGUUAUACAGAACUUCAGCAUGAAAAUCAAGAGCUUGUAAUCAAGGUCACUACAUUGGAGAGAAUUGUUGGCAUGGACUACGACGUGCUUGAUGAGAUUAUUAAUGAGCGUAUAUCCGUAAUACAGCGCAAUGCCAAGCUCGUGAUUAGGAAGAUUGGCUCCAGUCUCCUGACGGCCGCCGACGAGCUACAGGAGUUGGAACGUGUGUGUGUAAAGAACAGUCGAGACUCCACGUCCAGUACUACCAGCCGACAGCGCCCCUCCACGGCAUCUAGUGAAGACAGUCGCUCACUGGGUGGUCGCCUGCCGAGCGAUGGACCUCAGAUAAGCAUUUAUGGCCAAAAUCACAAGCCGUGCCCGCUGCCUUCAUAUGUCACUGCUCGUAAAGUUAACCCCGUGCUAAGCAAGCAUGAUGCCGGAAGGAAGGGCGAUGACGCGUCGACUUGUCGUCCGAAGCAACAUGGUGAUGGGUGCAAGGAGGAAGCCAGGCGAAUAUUCACAUCUUCAGGACCAGUGCAGCGAACGCCAACUGUCAACACUGUGCAUCAACGUGUUGCUGUCAAACCGUCGGAUAUCGCCGUGCCCGUAAUCGUGUUUGAAUCCACUGAGGACAGCUUCGCUACCGGAGAGCCUCUCCGAGGCGUGUCCUCGGGACGAUUGCAAGCCGUCGUUGACGUCGACGAGACGUCGGACGGUCGCUCGGUGAUGAAGCCGCCCGCCGCUGCACAUGUCACGAAUCCCGACGCCGAUAGCACGCUAGCCAAGACAAUGCUGCCACGCGAUCCUGCUUCACCGUUGUCAUCGGCUACGCUGCCUCCUGAUCCUGCUUCACCGUUGUCAUCGGCAAUGCUGCCUCCUGAUCCUGCUUUACUGUUGUCAUCGGCAAAGCUGCCUCCUCCCGCGGGCUCGCCGUCGUCACCGGCAACUCCGUUGCUACCGGCAAUGCUGCCUUCUCCUGCGGGCUCGCCGUCAUUACUGGCAACACUGCCGUCGCCGCCACUCGGUGCCAGUGAGACGUUGUGCAUGGCGGAGGACAUGAAUCUAACGGUGACCUUCGAUCGCACCAUCAUCUACGACCCACUGAGCGACGAGCGAGUGGAGGCCCCGGUGGCACCACCUACAGGCCGUGAUGUGAAAAAAAAGAGGCGCAGUAGGCGUAAGAAAUCCAGGAUUUCUUUGACUCCUGACAUACAUUCUCCAUCGAUGACCAGUCAGCCAUUGCCUUGCGACGACGAGGUCGCGGAGACGUCCCAUCCGACCCGGCUCCGGAGACGUCGCACAGCAAUUAACUACAAGGAGCCAUCAACGAUGAUAAAGAUGAGGCAAGGCGAUGCACACACAGACACAUUUAGCUUGCAGCUUUAUAAUCCUGCCAGCAAAAGACGCAGCAAGAAGUCUAUGGCCAGUCAACCAAAGUGAGAACUCGGCAUCGUGUCAUCGUCGUCACCGCCCUGUUCUUUGCUUUCUUCUGUUUUGAAUCAACCUCGGCACCUACCUACACAUCGCUGCCUGUGCGUAUACGUGUGACCCAGUCCUACUAGCCAGAUAUGUAUUCUCGUGAUGUGACCAUUUUACCUGCGUGUACAACAUAUUUUACACCGUUAUUCACCGUUACACCUAUACAGCACAAGUUAGAUGGCUAACUAGAGCAUUAGCAUAGCACAAUAUACUCAAACCUGUGUUAGCGGAACUCCUGAUAGAACAUAUUAGAGUUCAGUCUGAAUAGUGCUUUUGGGCUAACUGGUGUUUGAGACAUCAACUUUAUAUCUAUGCAGCUAGUAAGUUUCCAAGAAGAUGCACUACCAUGUCGCGAUAUCUUGUGCAGUGGUCAACAACAAGUAUCACAACAUGACAUAACGGCUGACACCUGCCUAGUAUAAAGGACACUUGGUGUGUUUUCUUUGAACCCACCUCUAUAAUGGACACGUGUCUAUAAAAGAAACACCAGGGGUUCUCGAACGCAAAUAUAGAGGAGACGUAGCUGUUUUUUAUGGUGUAUUAUUUCAGUUGUUGUAGUUGUAGUUAGUGUGUGCGUGGGUGUGUGUUUGAGCGCGCGUGUAUAUAUAUAAUAACCAUAUAUAUAUUU